CUACCGUUUCUUGAACGAAUUACUUGCGCCUGCUGUUUACGUCAGUUAUCACUUAUGACGCGAAUAAUUAUCGAUUUUCCCUUUCAAUUAUAAUUUUGACAUAUUUUAGGGAAAGUAGAAGAGAAGACAGGGAUAUGCGGCUUAUUGCUGUUUUUCUUUCCCUGAGCCUAGUUUUCAGUCAGGCGUUUGAAUUGAAAGACUUUGACUUUGGGGAUCAUGAUUAUAAGAGUCUGUCCACAGUGUUCAACGAGGUGAACAGAAAAUGUCCAGAUAUCAGCCGAAUUUACAGUCUGGAUGAAAAGACAGUUGAAGGCAGAGACCUGAUGGUUAUUGAAUUCACUGCAAAUAAACCAGGGAUACAUAUCGCGGGGAAGCCUGAAUUUAAGUAUGUUGGAAACAUGCAUGGAAAUGAAGUAGUCAGCAGAGAGGUUUUAUUAGCCCUUGUUGCAUAUCUGUGUCAGGGCUAUAGAGAGAAUGAUGAAGAAGUAUCAUGGUUGUUGCAGAACACACGCAUUCACAUUAUGCCAUCCAUGAAUCCUGAUGGCUGGGAAUUGGCUAAUUCAAGUCCAAGAAAGGAUGGCCAGAAGCCAUGGUUAGAUGGCCGAGCUAAUGCUGAUAAGGUGGAUUUGAACAGAAACUUCCCAGAAGUAGACAAGUUGGAGUACAAAUAUGAGAAAAUGGAGAAUGGACUGAACAAUCACAUUAUGUCACUGAACAAAGCUCUCAGUAAUUCGGGCCUUGCACCAGAAACCCGUGCAGUUAUUAGGUGGUUGUAUUCUACCCCAUUCGUGUUGUCCUCUAACCUCCAUGGGGGAGACCUUGUGGCCAAUUACCCAUACGACGAGUCUCGAGAUGACAGCAAGUCCUCGCAGUACUCAGCCUCACCAGAUGAUGCUCUGUUCAGAUAUUUGGCAAAGUCUUACUCAAAGUUCCAUCCUGUCAUGUCAGAUCCAAUGCGAAAAUCAUGUGACAUGUCAGGUGACCAAGAGCUGCCAGAAUUCAAGGAUGGCAUUACCAAUGGUGCAAAGUGGUACUCGGUGUCUGGAGGUAUGCAGGAUUUCAACUACCUGGCCACAAACUGCUUUGAGAUCACUUUGGAGCUAGGCUGCAACAAGUUUCCUUACCCAGAAGAGGAAAAGAAGUAUUGGGAAGAAAACAGGGCAGCUCUCAUCCACUACAUGUUUCAGGUGCAUAUUGGUAUUAAGGGUGUGGUACAGUCUGGUGGAGCAAAAGUGGCUAAUGCUACAAUCAAGAUGAUAAACACGACAUCAGGAUUACCAAUAAAACAUGACGUCCUCUCAGGGAAACAAGGUGACUAUUAUCGCUUGCUUGUGAAUGGAGACUACAAGAUCAAGGUCAUUGCUGAUGGUUAUCAUCCUGAAGAGCGCUGUAUUACUGUGGCAAAUGAACACAUGAAAGAAGCUCAGAUUGUCAACUUUGACCUCACAUCUUCUGACAAAGAGAAGCCAGCAAAGCAGAAUGGAUGCACCCCCACCCACCAGUUAGACCUAGACAGCAGAAUGGAACAAAAACUCCAGGACUCUUUAUAUGACAGGGUAAGUAUUAACCUCAGCAGUGUGAAAUCAGAAGUAAAGCCUAAAGAAUUUACGUACCAGCAACAUGUAAGAGUUUUCUCUGUCCAUCCCACCUCACUUCUUGUGAAAAAGUGUCAUGGCCCUGAGCCAAAGUAAGCAUGGGUAAGAUCAGGAUAUGUCUUAAUUUGUGAUGCAGGGAUUGUAGAGAACUAGACUUAAUUAACAUUAACUUGUUUAAUGACAAGUGGAUGUGUCUUAACAACAAUGUUACACAGACUUUAAGCAAUACCAUAAUUAUUUUUCUGGCUAUAACCUCUUUACUCGGGAGUAUAGAAGCUCAUACACGAUCUUAAUUACAACAGAGUCAGCUGUUUCUCAUCAAAGGCUGUCAUAACCUGAAAGGUGUGGCAUAACCCUGAAAAUGUGGUAUAAUUUUGAAGGAGUGUCAUUACCUUGAAGGUGUAAUAAAACCUUGAUAUUGUGUCAUAACCCUGAAUGUGUGUCAUAACCUUGAAGGUGCAUCAUAUACCUGAAGGAGUGUCGUAACCUUCAAGGUUUUUCAUAAUCUAGGUGUGCUGUAACUCUAAAGGUAUGCUAUUACCUGGAAGGUAUGGUUCGACAUGGGAUGCUUACUCCUCCUAGGCACCUGAUCUCACCUCUGGUAUAUCCAGGGUUCCUUGUUUGCCCAACUCUCUAUUUUGCAUUCCUUAUAGGAGUUAUGAGAUUGAUAACUGUUCAUUAUCUUCACCUUAUCAUAACCUUGAAGAUGUGUUGUAAAUCUAAAGGUGUAUCAUAGCCUGGAAGGUGUAUCAUUGCACUAAAGGUUGUUCACAACCCUGAGAGUCGAUUGGUUAAAGGAUUGGUCUAGAAACGUCUUGUUCUGGCUACAUCUGUGUGAUCAAUGAAUGGCAAUUGUUUGUUAGACAAAAUGUUAGGUCUCUGACUAAGUGCAAAGUUUAUUUUGCAAAGGGUCUGCACAAGAAGAAAAAGAUGAAAAAUGCUAUGUUCUGAGUGUACUUUAUGGGAUACAAGUCUGAUAAACAGCUAACAUUUUCAUUAACUUAAUGAAUUUAUGUUUAAUUAAUUAAAGGCUUUUUUUUUUUUUACUUCUUUUCCAGUUAUAUGGAGACUAUGUUUACAACACAAAUGACUACCAACUGUAUCAAUCUUUGAAGAGAAUUCUGAAGUCUGUCACCGGAUAUUAACUCCUUCUACAUUGGUCAUCUGUUGUAACUGUCAACAAAUGCCUCUUACAUCUGGGUGGUGGUGUGUACAUGUUGGACUCUGUAAAAAUCUCAUACAAAGGCUAAAACGCUGGUCAGAUGAAGGUAUUAGUCUAGACUACAACCUGAUUGUAUUCAAUUUAAACACUGGUUAUGACUUGUUUUCUUUCCAUUGAGAUUUUUACAGGGACUUUUCAACAUUGUACAUAUAUUACAGGAAAUUGUCAACUUAUCUAAAGAAAAUAGUAAUUACAAGCUGUUAAGGUUUUGAUUUAUUUUCAAUGAUCUGAACACCAUCAUAUCUUCAAAAUUUUUCUUUAAAAAAAGUGAACAAAUCUUUAUAGAAUUUAUUUUACAAGAAUAUGAAGAAUUUAUUUCUAUUAUGAAUUAUUUUACAAGGGUACCAAAUGUAAACAUGUGCAAUACUAUCGUAGAGUACAAUCUUCAUUACAGUACUAGUGCAAUACAUGGACAUUCUCAGAAUUUUUGCCAGUACAAAAGUGGGACCAAUAUCAGAACAUAUAUUAUACAUAAACUGGAAUCAGUAGAAAUUGUGGGCUUUUUUCUCCCCCCUGUACCUUGUGUUGUAAUUUUGGCUGUGUUCUCUUUUGUGCGAUAUUUCAAGUCCUCAAAUAACAAACUGUAAACACAAGAAUUUUACAGCCCAGAUAACAUCAUUACUUUUUGGAGAAAAUGUUACUUAAUAUUUUUAUAAUUAUACAGCUUUCAGGUCCUCAAGGAGCAUCAAAUCAGAUGAAAUCUCAUUUAAUGGUUCAUGCAUAACAGUUUGGCAUCUUAAUUAAAGGGUUAGCAAAUGUCAUUUUGUUUAAAUAAUUAAGAUUAGUCCAGUUGACUCAAGCAUGUCAUUUUCUGUAAAAUAAUGACAAUUUUAUGCAUUUAUUUUCAAAUUCAAAACAAUCAUGAUCUUCGAAUUAGACCCCCUGAAUUUUUGCUUGCUGGACAAAAAUUCAAACUGCUAUUAAGUUGGCUAUUAGUAUAAAUUUUGAUGUACAUGCAAUCAUUUCAAAAUUGAUGAAUAUCAUUCAUCUUUUUUAUGAUAUUAGAAAGGAAUAUGAUGAUUUGGGGUGAGAGAGAGAAAAUCACCAAAAUGAUCUUUACUACCUCUUUAAACACAUAUGGUAUGGUUAUUGUACAUUCUUACUAAAAUUGUUAUUGGUAGAACUGUAUAAUAAUAAUGCUAGUGCCCUAAAAUUUGUUGUCUUUUGUCUGGCAUAACAGUCGUAUCUUGAAGAGAAAUCCUUUUUGUUGUUAGCUUUACACAUUUAUUGUUGUUAUCUAAUGCUGUUUUUUAUAUGGUUAUGUCAUUCAUGAUAAAGAUGUACUGCCCUUCCAAGUUUAGUGUUUCUGAUGCUCUAACAAAAUAUCUGACUUUUUUUGGUCACUCUUCUCUGAGUAAGUGACAAUGUUGUAAUGAGAUCGACAUUUUUACUAUGACUAAAUGCUCAUUGAUGGUCUCUGCAGAUGUUAUUUGAAUGAUUUCACACUGCAAGUGAUUUAAGCCUCGAAACAACACGAACAAGCAACAGUAACUCUAAAUCUGGAUAGGCAGUAUCACACUGCAAUUAGAGAUCUGUAAUUUUCAUUUUCUUUGUUAUUGAUAAGGUUUUAUAUAUAUUUGUUGCAUCUCCAUGCACACAACACUUGAUGAACUCCACAAAGAGAUAUUGAUAUAACUGUGUCUCAGAACUGUUUAUUCUACAAAGAUAUAAGUUUUACAUUGUUGAUGUAUAUUUUUUGAGGGUACAAUAUAUAUUUUGAUAUUUGGAGGAUAUAAUCUGAUCUUUGAUACAGCUUACUUGUUUCAGAAGUAUUUGUAACACAGUUUAGACCAAAUGAUAAGUUAUUGUCAUGUACAAGUAUUUUGAUCUGGACCCACCAAGAGAAACCAAUCAAAAUUUUGAACUCGUUUAUGUUUUUUCCUCACCUGAAAGUGCAAUUGAGGUUUACUGAUCAAUUUGGCUUUCCAGAAUCAGAAGACAAACGAGAAUGGAUUCAAGUAUGAACAAUGAAGGUCCAUUUGAUCAGAAAUGACCAAACAUGCAUGAAAGCUUUCUAAAUGGGUUUAAUGAAAUUCAAAUAUGUUUGAUGUCCUCAAGACAAGGUUGUUGCCACAGUCUGGCUCCAGAGUUUUAGAUUUCUAUAAUGAAAAGGCAACUAGUUGCCAAAUUAUUAAAAUGCAAUACUAUACAUCUGUUUUUCAUAUAUAGAAUGGAUUCUAGUUUCUUUAGUUCACACAUGCUCAUUGUUAGGUCAAAAUAUGGUUUCAUGUUUUAUUCGCAAAGUAAUAAAAUGAGCAUUGUGGCCCCAUUAUCUUUCCUGCUACUUAACCCACCAGUGCAAAGGACUAGGUGCAAAAACAGCACCAUUUCUGGCCCUAAAAUUUGAACAAUUCAAAUUUUUAUGGUAAUUAAUGUGUACACAGUAUUUAUAAUUUUAAAAAAAUUGUAUUUGGUAACAUCUGAAUUUAUUGGUAAAAUUAUUUUUAGUUUCGUUUACUUUAUGUAUUGAUUAAACAAUAAAUUUACAUGAAGAUUUCUAUCAGCAUUAGGGUCAAAUUAUGUGGAUUGUGAUUUUAGUCCUUUGUUUUGUGAUUCCUGUGAUAAAUAUUAAAUCAUUGUGCAAUUUCUGAA